CACACAGUCUACUACGAGUCUACACUACCCGUAACAACAGUAACACAGUACAGUACACACUGAGGAGUCACUGACUGAGUCGAGAGGCGAGAAAAGCAUCCAGGGAUGAAGGUUAUUACCCCGGAAAUCUCGUGGCAUGAGAGAGAUCCUAUUUAUAGCAUUGAUUUUCAGCCGGGCCAUCCACAGCUCCAGCGACUGGCUAGCGGAGGCGUUGAUAAAAUUGUCAGAAUAUGGCAGCUGACCCUGGAUGCUGAAGGGAAAGCCUGGUUUUCUUUCCUGUCUAACCUAAGGAGACACACAGCAACUGUUAAUGUUGUUCGUUUUUCCAAAAAUGGAGAGCUUUUAGCUACAGCUGGUGAUGAUACAGCCAUCAUCUUGUGGAAGCUAAGCGACGUCCCCACCCCAACAAACAAUAUUUUUGUUGAUGAUGAUGCAGAGGAAGACAAAGAAUCCUGGGUCUGUCACAAAACACUGAGGGGUCACCUGGGGGAUGUAGCUGACCUGUGCUGGUCUAAAGACAACCGUUAUCUGGUGUCAGGGUCUGUGGACAACAGUGCUAUUGUGUGGGAUGUGCUCAAAGAUGUGAAGGUGGCCAUCUUCAAUGAGCACAAAAGUUACGUUCAGGGUGUGGCUUUUGACCCACUGGGAAACUACGUGGCUACCCUGAGCGCUGACAGGUCUUUGCGCUUGUACAAUCUAAGUUCUAAAUGCUGUGUCAACAAUGUAAACAAGAUGGCACUGCCGUCUCAUCUAACCCUGGGGUCAAGCGAGGCGACUGGUCAGCAGGACUCCAAACCCAAAUCUUUCAGAAUCUUUCAUGACGACAGCCUGAGGUCAUUCUUCAGACGCCUGGAGUUUUCACCAGAUGGCCAGCUCUUGAUGGCGCCUGCUGGUUGUCUGGAGCUUGGAGAUGGGAAGAUCAUCAAUUCCUCCUACAUAUUUGCCAGGGGAGCAUUUUCCAAGCCGGCUGUUUACCUACCAAGUGUAGAGAAGAGCACCACUGUGGUACGAGUCAACCCACAGCUGUAUGAACUCAGACCAGCGGAAGGCACAGACAAGGACACAGGUUCGGACCCACAAAAAGUUUGGGAUAAGCAUAAAUCUUUGUUUUGCCUUCCCUACCGUGUAGUAUUUGCUGUGGCCACUGAAGACUCUGUCAUUCUUUAUGACACUCAGCAGACCAUGCCAGUCGCCCUGCUAAAGAAUAUACACUACCAUCAGAUCAGUGACCUAUCCUGGACAAGUGACGGGAAAGCUUUGAUUGUCUCGUCUACUGAUGGCUUCUGCACAAUUGCCACAUUUGAAGAUGGCGAACUGGGUGUGCCAUACAAGGAACCAGUCACAGAGAAAAUCUCGUCUUCUCCAGCAAAUAAAACAGUGCUAGACUCAGCUGUAGAUACUGACAUGGAGAAGACCCCUGAGAAACUCAGUCUACCUUUUGCUCAGUAUUCAACACCAAAAUCAGCAGUUAAAAAUCAUCAGGAAGUCUCUCCAAGUUCCUCUAAUUGCACAAAACCACCAAAAGUUGUACAGUGUGAACAGACACCAAAAACAUCCCAAACAGAUGAAAAAACCAUACUGAAAUCAAACCCAGAGUCAAAUACAAAAAGUGACAGUGCUAAAAAACCAGAUUUAACCAGUUCUGUCCAAGCAAUGAGGAUUGAAGAGUCUGGUGCCAACUGUCUUACAGAGGACAGACCAGAGACCACAGAGAAAGAUGUCCCCAAAAAAAGGAGAGUUCAGAUCACGACUUUAUUCACUAAAAAGUCAGAAUAAAAUGGAUGUUUCUUG